UCUUACCAACAAGCGUUUAACAACAUGGAUCAAACAAAAAAAUUAUUAAAGUUUUAUUACUAAUCAAUGAAGAAUAAGUAGGAGUUAUAUUAAACAUCAGAACUUCAGACACUGCUGAAAAUAUUCUCAGUCUGUCAUCAUGAAUACUAUGUGGAAACAUUUGAUGAACCCGAAAAGUGGAAUUCUAGAAAGACCUUUGACCUAUACAUAUUUGAAAUCAUGUAGAAGAUUUCAGCAUCUGACAAUUAGCAGAAAUUUCAGUCAGAGGUACAAGGGAAAAUGUUGUCAAAGAGAGGCAAUGAUGGUAAAGUCUAGAAUUUGUUUAAUGAGCAUGGAGAAAUGUCUUUUAAACAGAGAAAGUCAUUCUUGGCAAAAUUCCAACUACUUGUUAAAGACGAAGAAACACUUAACAGAACAACCAAUGCUUCCUAAUGAUCGUUUUUCACAGAAGCGGUAUUAUAGUUCAUCUAUAUUUGUGAGUGACAGACACUCCGAUAUCUCAUCUGCUUUCAGUUAUGACCUUGACCUUGAGGAGAAAUUGGUGGAUAUUGAGCAGCUGAAAGUAAACCUACAAAGAAGAGGGCUGGACAUUAAUAUUGAUCAGUUGAAACAAGACUAUGCAGGAUAUCUUCAACUUGGAGAGGAGAAAGUGAAGCUUGAGUUGAAAAGAGAAAAUAUUGCCAGCCAAAUAGCUAAAAUAGUUGGUGAACAAAAACGGAGUGGAACAAAGACAAAGGAUCAGACUUCACAAAUGAAGUGUCUCAAAGAAGAAGGAAAGAAUACCAAAUCUCACUUAAAACAGCUUAUGGUUAAAUACUGGGAUGUAGAGGAGAGAGUCAUGUUACUUGCAUUGUCCUUACCCAGCAAUCUUUCUAUAGAUGUUCCAGACGACUUAAAAGUUCUACAGGAACAUUUUGAAGAGAGAAAGCCUACAUUACCAGUAGAUCAUGAGGAAGUGUUGAGACAAUCAGAUAUGGUCAGAUUAAGGAAUGUUGGACACAAGGCUUACUACCUGACUGGCAGACUAGCUGUGUUAGAACAAGAACUGGUCACCUACUUCUCUACACAACUUCGAUCUCAACACAUACACCAGAUGGCAGCACCAGAAAUGUUUAAAGCUCCCGUUGUGGAAUCUGGCGGCAUAGAUAUGAUGGACCCGGCUUCUGUAUACAGACUGCAGCAUAAACUGGGAACCAUUGAUAUGUCAGACCGGCACACUGAUCACAUGUUUCUACACGGAACCUCACACCUCUCUUUUCUAUCUUAUUUUGCUAGAAUGGAGCUUGCCUGUGAAAAUUUACCUAUACAAAUGUUUGCUGUUGGAAGGAACUACAUACCAGAAAAUGUAGAAAGGAAAAGUUUACCUGGUUUAUAUGGGGUGUUACAGUCAAUCAAGGUGUGUAUGUGUGCAGUGUGUAAAUCCAGGGAGUCUAGUGCAGAGGUCGUGGAACAGUUCACAAAUCUGUUAACGAAGCUAUAUCAACAAUUUAAAGUACCUUUCAGACUGGUUUCACUGCCAGCACCUUCUCUGACUGCAGCAGAAGAGAAAAGAAUAGAAUUACAGAUGUGGAUACCCAGUUUACAACAGUAUCUUAAAAUAGGAUCCGUGUCAAUGUGUGGAGACUACAACAGCAGAAGACUUAUGAUUAGAUCAUCACAAAAUACACAAAACACAUCCUCCAAACCUGUUUAUAUGGUACAUUGUGAGGUCACUGAUAUAACCAGGAUGAUUGCAGUACUACUAGAAUACCAACUCACAGAUAACACUUGGGAUGCAAGUAGAUAGAUGAAUUCAACCACGACAUUCAGAGGACAUAGGACAAAAAAAU